ACAUGUGGGAUUUUGAAAAGGAAGGAUUUUACAAAGUGUUGGAAAAUAAAAAAAUAUAAAAAAAAAAAAAUAAAUAAAAUGAAAAUUUCGUUUGCUCGGCUUUAUAGAAAAGCUUGGUGUAAAAUUCAACCGGCAUGUCCUCUAUGACUUUAUCCCAACUUUUAGAUGGUUAGAAAGAAGAACCAGAAGAAAAAGAAAAAGAACAAGUAGAAGUAGAUAAAGAAGAAAGGAGGAUAUAACUAACCUAAUUUUCUUUAGACUUUAAAAGUACGCGCUCGACAUUCAACAAACUCGACAGUGAACAAAACCAUAUCCCCACUUGAAUUUGUUAUUUUAUUUUAUUUUUUUAAUCUUAAUUUCUCAAUACCCUUUAAUUUACCUACAUCAAUUAUCUAUUUUAAUCUUUCAAUUUUUUUUUUUAACCUCAUUAAUUUUUAUUUUUAAAUUGAGUCCUUGCAAUUUAAUUUUUUUUUGUUACUAUGUCAUAUGCAUCAACUUUCCAAUAUGAAAAAAAAUAUAUAAAAAUUUUACAGUAUAUUUUUUGACCAAUGUAUUUAUAUGUAUAUUUUUAUGUACUAUAAUAAAAUAUUAAAUUAAAAAAUUUUACUUUGACGAUGUUCAUGAAGUUGUCAUAUUUUUUUUUUUUCAUUUCUGAUUGUCUCGAGAAGGUUUAACGGUCUCUACUUGGUUACAAGUGUUUAAUUCAGUUGGUAAUGACUUCUUUGAAGUUUCACCAAGAUUUUAAUUACAUAGGUUAUAUAUAUAUAUUAAAUAUAUAAAUGUCAAACGAUGUAAGAGACAAAUGAAUUUAUAUAAAUGUGUUAAACCACUGUAAUUUUUUUUUUUAUCGUUACUUUUAUAUAUUUAAUAAUAUUAACUCCCUUCUACUUGUCUAUCACUGUUUAAAUAAAUAUAUAUAUGAAUGGUUUUAGUCGCGACGAUAUUUAAAAUGAGUCUGCGCUCAAAUAUAUUUGUUGGAUUAUUGCCACGCAGUUAACAAGCGCAGGCGCUAUUUCAACGAAACAAUUCCCGCAGUAUCAUUUCGCGUGGCACACCGUUGCGACAAUCUUGUCUCAUACAAAAAAAUAUCUCAGUUUAUAUCUCUUUUUAUCAACUAAUAAAAUAUAUAUUUUUAAUUUUUUAAUUUAAUUUUUUUUAAUAAACAAUAAAAUUUUUUAAAAAUUAAUGCAAAAAUUUUAUCAUUUAAAAUUCAUUUUUUUAUGUGAAAAAUUUUUUUAAAUAUUUCUUUUAAUUACUGUUAUUAAUAAAAUGUAUCAAUAAUAUUUUUUUUUUACAUUAAUUUUCUAUAUAAUUUUAAUCUUUAAAAAAAAAGUGUUAAAUUAAAUUAAUAAUGUUGUUGAAAAAAUUUUUUUAAAGCUUAUUUUUGUUUUAUUCAAAUUUUUCUAUGAAUUUUUUUUUUCUUUAACAAGAAUUGACAUGUGACAUGAUUUUUUUGAUGUUUGACAUUAGUGAUAUUGUGUAUCUUAAAAUUGGAGUAUUAAUGUCGCGUGACAUUGUCGCGUGGUGUAAAAAAAUUUUGUGUUAUAAAAAAAAAAAUUACGUAUUGUUAUAAAAUUGGCUCAUGUAUAUUGAGUCAUUGUGAAUAUUUCAUUGUGAUGAGAUAUGUGGUUAUUGUGUUUAUGUUAUUAUUCAAUGAUAAAUAAUAAUAUUGACAAAUUUAUAUUGGUGAUUAUUAAUAAAAUUGACGAGUUAUAUAAUCACACCAUCGAUCACAGAUCGUUGGGCUGGUGUGUAUGGAGAAAAUGAUGCUUUAUCUUAUCAUUGCUUGUCUGAUGAUCGAGACCCACGGUGUUCUAGGUUCAGUUUAUUGGGAUCACAGGCCAAUGGGUAUUAAUGGACAACAAAAUAAUGGUAUGAGUGAUUGGCCAUAUUUUGAGCCAAAUGUACCAAGAAAUGUAACAACAGCAAUUGGUCAAACAGCAUUUUUGCAUUGUCGAGUUUAUCAACGCAGUGACAAAGAGGUAUCUUGGAUGCGAAAACGUGAUAUGCAUAUAUUAAGUGCUGGAAUAUCGACAUAUACGUCUGACUUGAGAUUUCAAGUGAUUCAUCCAGACAAGUCAGAGAAUUGGACUUUGCAGAUAAAGUCACCACAACUACGGGAUUCAGGCAUUUAUGAAUGCCAGGUCAGCACUGAGCCAAAGAUGUCACUCAACUAUACGCUCAACGUGGUCGGUUUUUAUGUUGAUGAUGGACGGGUACUAAAAUAA